CCGUACAGGCAAGGGCGACCCACAUUGGGGCCGGGUGCGCAGAGUUGUACUUCACAGAGAUCAACAUCACAGGCACCUGGGCUCGGCGGCACCGCAUGGCAGACCUUCAUUGGGCCGCCCAGGACGUGGAGCGAGGCCGCGCCAGGUGGAACAAGUUUCACCAGAUCGGCGUCAAGGUGGUGCACGGCCACACCCUGCUGGGCACGAGAUACCUCAACGUCCUCGUACGGGGCCUGAACAAGGCCAAGUUCGCCAUCGGGGGGCUCCUCGGAGAGGACGACCACACCGCGGCUGCCACUCCCAGCGCUGGUUGCAGGAAUCUGCGGGGAAAAGCUACAACGAUCUCGUCGAAACGUCUUGCAAAACUCUGGUUCGUCAUCGUCGUCCUCCUCCUCCCUGUCUUCCGCCCCCGCCCCCCUGCGUUCGCAACCUUUACGUUGUAGCUUUACCUUGUAAGGCAUAUCCAGACCCUCUGAAGCUCGCGAGUGUAGUAUGCGGGUGGCGGGCGCGCCCGAUUCUAGUUGCCGAUGCUUUUGCUAUGCUGCUGCUGCCCCCCUCGCCCUUGUCCUCCUCCCCCCCUCCCUGUCCCUCCUUCCCCUCC